AUGCGCGGACGGAAAAGGUCGCUUCUCGGUUUUGCCGUCUUCGCCACGCUGUUCUACUACUACUGCCUGCCCUUCACUUCGUGGAGCAGCAGCGGCGGCGGCCAGGGCGGCGAGCUCGAGUCGGCGCGGCUGGAGCGGCUCAUGAACAGCGACGCCGAAAAGACGUCGUCGCUCAGAUCCAACAGCAGCUUUGACUGGAGCAAAGUGCGCUUCAAAUAUCUCCCAGGCGGCCAGCUGAGGCGGCCGCCCACGGGCCGCCCCGUCUCCCUGCCGCAGGUCCAGCACCCCUUCCCGCCCGAGUCGCCCGCCGCAACCAAGAUCCGCAACGCCCGGCGGCAGCAGGUCCGAGACCUGUUCUGCAAGAAUUGGAAAAGCUACCGCAAGUACGCCUGGCGGAAAGAUGCCCUCCAGCCGCUCUCGGCCGAGUACAAGGACCAGUUCAGCGGCUGGGCCGCCACCUUGGUCGACUCGCUGGACACGCUCUGGAUCAUGGGGCUGCGGGCCGAAUUCGAUGAGGCCGUGGCCGCCGUCGCCGACAUCGACUUCGGAACGUCCAGCAGCGUCAGCGUGAACAUGUUCGAGGUCAACAUCCGCUACCUCGGCGGGCUGCUAGCCGCGUUCGACCUCAGCGGGCGCGACCUGCUCCUGAGGAAAGCCGUCGAGCUCGGCGACUUGCUCUACGCCGGGUACAACACCAAGGACCGCAUGCCCGUCGACUUCAUCAGCUUCGAGGCGGCCAAGACGGGCGAGGGCCUGAUGGUCGAGGGGUCCGUCGUGUCUGCAUCGCCUGGGACGCUGUCUCUGGAGAUGACGCACCUGUCGCAGGUCACCGGAGACCCAAAGUACUACGAUGCCGUGUCCCGGCUGAUGGACGUGUUUGAAAAGGGGCAGGCCUGGACCAAGAUCCCCGGGCUGUGGCCCAUCUACGUGUCCAUGCAGACCCAGGACGUGGUGAACGGGUCGUACUUCAGCAUAGGUGGCGGGGCCGACUCCUUAUACGAGUACCUGCCCAAGAUGUACGCUCUUCUGGGCGGACUCGAGCCGCGCUACGGCGCCAUGUCCAAGGACUUCAUCGACGCCGCCAACCGCACCUUUUUCUUCCGGCCCAUGCUCCCGGCCGAGGAAGAUGUGCUCAUGAUCGGGCCCGCGCGGGUCGAGGACGACGGCACGGUCCUGCUGGACCCCGAGAGCGAGCACCUCGGGUGCUUCGUCGGCGGCAUCUACGGGCUCGCCGGCCGGCUGUUCCGGCGGCGCGACUGGGUCGACGACCUCGGCUCCAAGCUAACUCACGGCUGCAUCUACGCGUACCGGGCCAUGCCGACAGGCAUCAUGCCCGAGCGCUACAACAUGGCGGCGUGCCGCUCGCGCGGCCGCUGCCCAUGGGACAGCGCGCGCUUCGACGCCGAGGCCGCGAAGCAGCAGGGCCUGUGGUCGAGCCACCUGCCGCUGGGCUUCACGACGGCGCGCGACCCGCGCUACCUGCUGCGGCCCGAGGCCAUCGAGAGCGUGUUCGUCAUGUACCGCAUCACGGGCCGCCGCGAGUUCCAGGACGCCGCGUGGGACAUGUUCGCCAGCGUCAGCAAGGGCACCGCCACCAAGUACGCCAAUGCGGCCGUGCUGGAUGUCACGCGCGCCGAGUAUCCCCUUCCCCAGGAAGACUACAUGGAGAGCUUUUGGCUGGCCGAGACGCUCAAGUAUUUCUAUCUCGUCUUCUCGCCGCCCGAUCUCAUCAGUUUGGAUGACUACGUUUUAAAUACCGAGGCGCAUCCUUUCAGGCGGCCGAAGGGUUUGAAGAGAUCCCGUCCAUUGUGA